GCCUAGUCCACAUGAGUACGAACGAAGCAGCUCUCUAGGGUUUGUUUUGCCGCAAAUAUUUACCCCAAAAUAAAUAGAAUUCUAGGGUUUAUAAACCCACGGUCUGCUUCUUCGGCAGCAGCUCCAACAAUGUACCUUAAUUUUCGGUACGUUUUUCCUUCGAGAUUCAUGAUUUGACGGGAAUCCUUCGUGGUUCAUCUGUUGCGAGAUACUGCUUUUGAUCGUGUCGUCGAGGGGAGAGUUGCGGCUUCUCAAGUGCACUGGAGAAGAUACUCUAGAGAUUAGCAGAUUUUCCCACUAUUCAAUGGCCAAGACAAGACCCGGUAAAAGAGACGUUGAUUCUUACACCAUUAGAGGCACCAACAAAGUUGUUAGAGCUGGAGAUUGCGUCUUGAUGCGUCCAUCAGAGAGUGAUUCAGCCCCUUAUGUGGCACGCGUAGAGAAGAUUGAGGCUGAUAACCGUAACAAUGUGAGAGUUCGUGUAAGGUGGUACUACAGGCCCGAGGAAGCAGUUGGAGGACGGAGACAGUUCCAUGGAGCAAAGGAAUUGUUUUUGUCAGAUCACUAUGACGUUCAGAGUGCUCAUACCAUUGAGGGAAAAUGCACUGUUCACAGUUUCAAGAAUUAUACUAAGCUGGAGAAUGUUGGUCCUGAUGAUUACUAUUGUCGUUUUGAAUAUAAACCUGCCUCUGGAGCUUUCCUUCCAGAUCGUGUGGCAGUGUAUUGCAAAUGCGAGAUGCCCUAUAAUCCAGAUGAUCUCAUGAUACAAUGUGACGAAUGCAAAGACUGGUAUCAUCCUGCUUGUGUAGAUUUGACAAUAGAACAGGCAAAACAGCUAGACCACUUUUUGUGCUCUGAACAUGGAUCUGAUGAGGAUGUAAAGAAGUCUCAUAAAACCCCACUCACAAAUGGGAAGGCAGAGCCCAAGCGCCAGAAGAAGUAAUCCAAUAUUUUGAGCAUUGUACAGGGCAGAGAACUGGUCCUCUGCUUAGACUAGUGGCUCACUGUAAUUAAUGUCCUUAGCAAAGUCGAUGCAUGUGUAUGCGACCUUGUAGGCCAUGUAUGGCAGAGAGACGAGUCAGUCAAUUAACUUGCUCUGGAGGACAUCUCAGCUAUGUAUUAUUUGAUCUGUUAAUAUUUUGAAUGUGAAGUUUCUGCAUUUCAUUGCU